AUGGAGUUCAUGGAAAUGAUAGUAACAGAAAAUAUUGCGGGCGAUGAAAAACGUAAGGAUCAAUUUCAAGCAGCACUUGUAGCAUGCUCACAACAAAGCAUCUAUCGUGAAGUUACCUGGGUACUUCUGAUACAAUUGGCGCUGUGCGGUACCGUUUAUGCUUGUCUCAAUCAAUACAGCAGAUACUACAUUAGACCUACGGUGAUGUCCGUGGAAAAAGAUUAUCGAUCUUGGCAAGGGGUACUUCCAGCAGGGACAAUUUGCUUAGCAAAUGUUGUAGACGAGAUAAAAGCUAACAAGAUUAUAGACGGAUUAAUGGCCGAAAGUGGUAAUUUCACCGAAAUGGAUCGCGAAGUCUUUAUGUCGUUUUUAGUUGCCGUUGUCAAUGCAACUGCUGAAAAUUAUGAACAACUGGCUGAAUUUGGAAGUGAAGAGCAACUGCAGUCACUGGAUUUGUACGAGCUGGCCAUGGACAUCACACGACCAGCUGGACAUAGAGUUAAAGUUACAACGUAUGACCCUAAAGUGAAGAUUGAGUUGGAGCCGAUAAUGCUGGAGAAAGGACUCUGCUACACGUUCAAUACAGCUUUGCCCAGCGUGUUUAGGAAUAAUGUAAGGAAGGAAACAAAACUUAGGAAGCCUUUGGCAUGCCGAUAUGGCAAACAAGAAUGCAGCUUGAAAGUCGAAGCAUUUGAUACAUCAAUUUCGGUGAGUGUAUAUGGAGUCGUUCAAACAAAUAUAAUAUGA